AUGGAAUCCGGCUCGCAUGCGAAUAAUUCUUUGGUUUCCUCUCCAAAUGAAGGUAACCAAGGUAGUCGAAUUCAGCCUUCGUCAGAUCUCGGUGAAACACACAAGAUGCUCCUGGAAUUAUUUCGGGAUCCACUGUUGUCCGAUUUGAAAGAGUUAGCUGGUGUUAGCCAGGAAAAUUCCGAGGAAGGUGUAGGUACUAAUAAUGCUGCUUCUGUGAAGCCAUUAGAACUUUUAGAAAGAGUAAGCGUUGAACAAGUUGAUACUUUGAUCGCGUUGGAACAAGGAACAGCAUUUGAGAUACGUGUGGAACGUGGUGGUUUAGACCCUUUAGUAUUGAUAGUAAAACAAAAUUCUACAAUAAAGGAUUUAAAGAAUCUGAUAAAAGCGCGCGUAGAACGAGACGAAGAGGAAAAGAGAGACAAGAGUAAUGUUAAACGAGCAAAUAAUGAUAGUGGCGAUGGUGUAAUCAGAAACAUGAGACAACGCAAAAGACGCAAUAAAAAGAUUAGCUGGAAAUAUAUUUGGAAGACUUAUUGUUUAAUGUUUGAAGGUCAUCGCUUGUUAGACGAGAAUGCUCGUUUACAAGAAUUGAACAUACGAAGCAGAAGUGUGUUAAAGUUUUCGCGAUUAGCCAACAAAUGA